AUGUAUCGCGGCUCCUUCGCACCACCUCCCGCGCAGUCGCCGCCUCUUCACCACCCUACACCGAAUGCCGGAUAUGGCGGCGGAGGGAAUCCAUACCAGCCAUCGCCCGCCCAGGGAGGGGCCGCGGGUGCUGCUGGCAACUAUGGCCCCGGAUUCCCCGGGUUCAUGACCGAUCCUACGGCACAGAUGGGUUUCCAGGUUGGAAAGAGUGCGAUGGCAGCUGGACAGGAAUAUAUGGAACAGAACUUCAAUCGCUAUGUGUCCAUACCCGCCCUGAAGCACUACUUCAACGUCUCGAACUCCUACGUCCUGAACAAAGUCGGUCUCGUCCUCUUUCCAUGGCGUCACAAACCCUGGUCGCGCCAACAAGCCAGAAUGGCGACCAAUGCCACUGGACCGGACGGCCAAAUUGUGCAGCAGCAAUACUCCUCCAUGUUCCUUCCCCCUCGAGACGAUCUCAACUCGCCCGAUAUGUAUAUCCCCGUCAUGGCCGUGGUCACAUACAUUCUCCUAUCGGUAUUGCUGGCUGGGUUCCGUGGAGACUUCCACCCAGAGCUCCUAGGCUCGGUCACCACCACAUCUAUCGCGGUGAUCAUAUUUGAGAUCUUGUGCUUGAAGAUGGCCAUGUACAUUCUCAGCAUCAACAAUGACUCGCAGCUAUUGGACCUAGUGGCUUACUCCGGAUACAAGUUUGUGGGAAUCAUUGCUACCUUGGUUACAUCCGAGAUCCUUACCCCAGGGCGGGGAACUGGAGGCUGGGUUGGCUGGUCGGUCUUUAUUUACACCUACCUGGCUAACGCUUUCUUCCUGCUCCGAUCCCUGAAGUAUGUCUUGCUCCCCGACUCGGCCGACUCAUCCAUGCGCGCAGGUGCCAUGCACACUGUGGCUCGCGGCCAGCGCAACCGCCGCACUCAGUUCCUCUUUGUCUACUCGUACAUUAUCCAAUUUGUGUUUAUGUGGGUGCUCAGUCGCGAGGGUCCGUCCGCAUUGGCUGCAAACGUAAGCUCAUGA